CCAGGCUUCUAGGACCAUACCAGGUGUACCACAUGGUGUGGUCGAAACAGGUAACUAUGCGUCUUGCAGCGCUUACAGACUAUCGAAAAUCGACCCAGACAUCUUCAUUAUCGAUAAUGUCAGGGCGGUGGCUGCGAGCAAGCCUAUCAUAACCCUCUCAUCUCUCGAUCCUCCGUGCCUCGUGGUAGAGUUACCUUCGGGCUGUCCCGUUUCUCGAACUUGUUCAUGACCUGAAAAGCCCGUGAGCCUUCAACACUAAGACGGAUUUACGAGCUUCACCGAGCAAUGGCUGACGCCUCAUUAAACUCUACGAGGUUGAAGUACCGAGAAACUCGAAGAUAGAGGGCAGGUGGCUGGCAGAAAAGGGGGAAAGAAGGUGUAUUGAAGGAUCUGGAUUCAUUUCAGAUGAGUAUAUAAAGUGUGGAGGAUCCCACUCGUUCAUUCAGCAACCAGUCUCAUCGAUCAUUCCAUCUUUACCUACAUUCUUUCACAAAAUGUGGACUUCAAUUCUUCAAAGCUUCGUUUCGACCUUGCUCUUCACUGGCCUCACCUCCGCAGGUGCUGUUCCAAGAGCGCUUGCCAGUUGCAAUACUCCUUCAAAUCGUGCUUGUUGGGUGACUGGAUACAACAUCAGCACAGAUUAUGAGAAGAGCACCCCUCCAGGAGGUGUUACCAGACCUUACACCUUAACAAUCACUGAAGUUGAUAACUAUGUUGGAGGUGAUGGCCAAGUCAAGGCUAAAGCCAUGCUCGUGAAUGGACAAUUUCCAGGUCCUGUUCUCACAGCAGAUUGGGGCGAUACUCUUCAGAUCACUGUUGUAAAUGAGCUUGAGCUCAAUGGGACAUCUAUCCAUUGGCAUGGAAUUCGUCAGCUGAAUAAUGACAUCAAUGAUGGUGCCAAUGGCAUAACGGAAUGUCCCAUUCCUCCGAAGUCGUCCAAAACUUAUACCUUUCUGGCGCAGCAGUAUGGUACUUCAUGGUACCAUUCACAUACCGGAGUUCAAUAUGCCAAUGGUGUUACUGGAUCUAUCUUGAUUCAUGGCCCAGCAUCACUUCCAUACGACAUUGACCUCGGUGUUUUUCCAAUUUCUGACUGGUAUUAUGGUGCUGCGGACACCCUCGCUGAACAAAUCGCUCACGGUACUGGCGCCCCUCCUCCCAGUGAUAAUGUUUUAUUCAAUGGAUCAAACAUCAACCCAAAAGGAGCUGGUGGCCAAUAUGCCAAAGUCACCUUGACUCCAGGAAAACGUCACCUUCUUCGACUCAUUAAUCCAUCGGUCGAGAAUUCAUUCUCUGUUUCACUCGUCAAUCAUUCCAUGACUGUCAUCGCCACGGACUUUGUGCCCGUGGAUUCAUUCACUACAAAUUCUAUCUUCAUGGGAAUCGGCCAGAGAUAUGAUGUUACUAUUGAUGCAAGCCAGGCGGUUGACAAUUACUGGUUCAACGUCACAUAUACAGCUUCAGGGGCGUGUGGAUCAUCCAAUAACCCCUCACCUGCCGCAAUCUUCAGUUAUGUCGGAGCUCCCAAUGCUUUGCCUACCAGCACUGGUACUGCCCCUCCAGAUGCGGCUUGUGCGGAUAUCGUAGGAUUCACUCCAGUUGUUACCCGCACUGCUUCACUUUCACAAUUCACACCAGCUCCUGAUAACUUAAAUGUUACCUUCAAUGGAGCGGAUGACCCAACUGUUUUCUGGAAUGUCAAUGGAAACUCCAUGCAAGUUGAAUGGGGCAAGCCUACUCUGGAGUAUGUACGAGAGGGUAAUACCUCGUAUCCUAUUAGGGAGAACAUAGUAUCAGUCACUGCUGCCAAUGUGUGGAGUGUUUGGGUGAUCACAAAUCUUACACCAAUCCCGCAUCCGAUGCAUUUACAUGGGCAUGAUUUCUUGGUCCUUGGAGUUUCGCCUCCACAAUCUCAACCAUUUGGCGCUGCCCAGAGAACUUUCUCGUCUUCGGAUGUCUCAUCUCUUCAGUUGAACAAUCCUCGAAGACGAGAUGUUACAAUGCUCCCUUCCAAUGGAUGGGUGGUCCUCGCUUUCGAGACAGAUAAUCCUGGCGCAUGGCUCUUCCAUUGUCACAUCGCAUGGCACGUUUCCUCAGGACUGAGUGUUCAAUACCUGGAGAGAGUUCAGGAUAUUCCUGGAGCAAUGAAUCUGGCUGCUAUUGAGCCGAACUGCAAUGCUUGGAAUGCGUAUUAUCCUACUGAUCCUGAUAAGCAGUAUGAUUCGGGGAUUUAGAGAUGUUGUUUUGUGGGCUGGGGUUUGUUGGAGUUCUUGAUGCAUUGAAACAAUUGCUACUCACUAUUUAUUUAUUAUCGCUUCAUUCAAUUGAAAAAUGUUAAUCUUUUCAAGUCACCACGUUUGAGAUCUAGAACAGAUUGCAGUUGAAGAACAAUCUGCGAUUUUGGUUGCCUUUCUUUUCGUGGAUUUCCGAGCACCCAUUGUCUAGCCGUUGUUUCAGCUUCAUUCUAACUUGCUUCCGUUAUGCAGUACUUUGCUGGCCUCUUUACUUACUCUUCCUCCAACGAGCGAGGAACUUCAGCAUGUAUCAAUUGCUGGUUGAGGGUAAUUGCAUGCUUUAUUAGAUACUUCUCAGAAGAAC